GAAUUCGCCGGCAGUAUAUAUGUUUCAGCGUGAUCGCGUGCCGACAGACGCGGAAUAUCGCCACUGAGCCGCGGAUGUGAAUGGUCCACGACGAUCGGGAACGAAGAAACUCGUGUCUGUCCACUGCCAGCGGAUGAAACCGGACUUGCAUUCAGUGAAUAACGAGUCUCCGCGUGGCUGUCCUCCCGGCUGCAACUGUACCAGGUCAUCGUCUGCGUUUUAACGUCUGUCUGGAACCAUUCGAACAAAGAAUCUUCAAUCUUGGGGAGAUGAAUCUAUGGCAACUGCUGGAGGAGGUCGAGAACAAGAAUUUUUUUAAUCGCUGGAGAGUUAACUAUUUCCUGUGGAAAAAGGUCUUGCUGGUUUACUUAGGGGAUUUCUGGCUUAUGACAUUAUUCUCGGGAAUGUGGGACCCGUAUUUGUGGGAAGAGCUCAGUGAUUCGGAUGAAGACAGUCCAUUGAAUUCUUUGUAAAUUUAAAGAAAAAAAAACGAAUAUUUUGGAAGAAUUUUGGUUUAAGGUAUGAUCGAAUCAUGAUAUAUUAUGAUAUGACAUAUAAUAUGUUAAUCAUGUGCUAAUGCUUUAAUCGCCCGACGAGAGGAUAUUCUCCUUAACGAAGGAUAAAGUUAAAGAGAACUUGUAUGUAGACGUAAAAUAAUUAAUUAGAUGAAAGAAUACAAACUAAGUUAAGAGAGCACGAGCGAAGUGACGUUUAAAAGAAUACUUACUACGACAUAUUUGAAAAUGAGUAAAGUAAACGGAAUGAAUGAUUCGAACGGGCACGUGGAGACACAUUUGGAGACCAAGUUCGUACCAGAUCCCGAAGAGGAAAAAAGAUGGGAGAAGAAAGGUGUCAUGUAUCAGAUAAUUAUGUCGCUGUGCGCGAACUCCUCGGUUUUGGGUCCUUCCAUGGCUUUUGGCUAUAGCGGAGUUGCAUUGACACCUUUGAUGUCACCUACCAGUGACGUGAAAAUCGACAAAGUUCAAGCCAAUUGGAUAGCGACAGCAACGGCACUAGGUAUUCCAUUUGGUUGCAUCGUUUCUGGUUACACUAUGAGACGCGGAAGAAAGUUGAGCUUGUUGAUAACGUCUAUCGUGUCCAUCGUUGGCUGGCUCGUCAUUUAUUUAGCUGGAACAUACGAACAAAUUCUUGUAGGCAGAAUCAUUUCUGGAAUCGCGACAGGCAUGGCCUCGGUACCAGCUACAGUUUAUAGCGCGGAGGUUUCUUCUCCAAAAUGGCGAUCAAUUAUGAUCACAUGGACCAGCGUAUCCAUCGCCAUCGGUGUUCUUGUCGUUUAUAUUUUCGGCUAUAUUUUCAAGGACGACUGGCGAAUGGUGGCUCUGAUGUGCGCCCUGUUUCCUCUGGUCUCGACCGUACUGACCUUGGCCGUCGUCCUAGAAACCCCGAUCUGGUUACGAGACAGAGGUCGUCUAGACGAGGCGUUACAGGUGUUGAAAAAAUUCCGCGGCAUCCCAAAAGACGUGCCUCCCCCGCCACAGCUCUACGAAGAAUUGAAACCACGUCCUCAGCGAAAAAAACAAAAUUUCAUGAAACAUAUGCUCAAGAGGAACGCCAUGGUACCUUUUGCAAUCCUGCUCGGUUAUUUCUUUUUCCAGCAAUUCUCCGGACUUUUCAUCAUCGUCUACUACGCAGUGGACAUUAUACAAAGCGCUGGAGUCACUAUAGAUCCUAAUUUGGGGGCAGUUUUGAUAGGGUUAACAAGAUUAGUAGGUACUUUACUGGUGUCGUGCAUGUCAGAAAAGUUAGGAAGGAGAAAACCUUCUAUCGUCUCUGGAUCUGCAAUGACAAUUUUCAUGGGAGUAUUGUCUGUGUACUUAUUAUUGAAGGAUAAAGGAUAUUCUAUAAACGAUGGUGGCCUGAUACCUGUGAUAUGUAUACUUAUGUACAUUUUUGGAAGCACUCUUGGUUUCUUGGUGAUCCCAUUCGCCAUGGUGGGCGAAGUGUAUCCAACGAAGGUUAAAGAAGCGUUAUCAGGAUUGACUACGUGUAUCAAUUACAUCUUCAGUUCCAUCACGGUGAAAACCUACCCGGACAUGGAGGUCGCCAUGGGCAGACAUGGAGUUUUCAUAUUUUUCACGGUGCUGUCGUUUUUGGGAACGUUAUUUGUGACGUUUUUCUUACCCGAGACUAAGGGAAAGACUUUGAGCGAGAUCGAAGAUAUGUUCUCGAGGAAGAAGGAAGUGGUUGACACGCCGGAGGAAGAGAAGAUGGUGGAUGGUAAAUAUGAUAUAUGUUUCUGGAGGAAACUAUAGUUACUUGAAGGUUAUACGAAUUAUUUAGUAAAAAAAGAAAUGAUGGACUUUUUGAAGGCGGAAAAAAAUGAUAUCGAGGGAUUUUAUUUAUAUAUCUGAAUAUCAAUGCAACGGUGAAAAUACUCUCAACUUUGUCUAACUCGUAACAAUUUUUUUCAUGUUUGCGAAAAGUUUGAGUACAAAGAUUGGGAAUGUUAGAAAGGGUUGAUCGAGAUUUUCAUUCGUUAAAAAUAUCAGCCCUUGCAAAUCUAGCUUCCUUAUUGAGUUUAUAACUGUUAAUUAAUCUAUCAAACCACGUUGUAACUGCCUGUCAUCCUGCCAUCUAUGUUUAUUUUCUGUUAAAGUAAUUUAAGAAUAUACUUAUUUUUAUACCUUUAAUAAAUGUUAAAUAUUAUAUGUAUUAUAUUAAAUAAUAA